CUAGUAUCAACCUGCAUAGCGCAUCUUCUACCUAGAAGUACAUAUCUACGUAGCAACUAUCCUGUGUGCUAUCAUUAGAUGCCUUGCGUCAAGGUAUGCCCGGCUGUCUCCACCUUCAACAUAGUGACCAUACAGGUAACUAGGGAGUUGAGUUGUGCUCUGUGCACACUAUGGCAGGCUUAUUUACUCCGAGUGGCAUAUCUUGCUAUCUAGUUUUAAGCCUCACAGGGCUAGGAAUCGCUGGAGGAUUUACAAGGACUCUGAUCCCAUUCAGAUUCAGCAGUAGAAGAAGUGGAGCCCGACCGAAUAUCAUUCGAUCUACCUUGCGCCAAUUUUCUUCUUCUGUCUCGCCCUCUUUUAUGUCUCCGAUGGUAUAUAGUCGUGGCAGUCUACAUUCAUGGUACGUGGGUAAACCACGUGCGGGCCGCGAAUACAUUCCAUGGCUCACACUCAUAGAUAGUCAACAUUCCUCAAGAAGCCAAAUCCGACGUUCUUGACUCAAAGUCUCUUUUCCAGGCACAGACUGGACGCCAGACCGACGCUGGGUCGAAUCUGCCUUCCGGCGAUGAUGGUGGAGACGAUGGCCUACCUAUGAUGAUGAUAUUCGGGGCGGAGGUUACCGAGUCGUGGUAGGAAUUCACCGUCCUUCCAGGCUCUCAACACCGAGUCCAGUAAGCAGUUUUGCGGCUCCAAGUCGGUGAGAAGCCGGGUAGUCGCUCCCAAAUGCAGGGAGUCGACAAGCGAGAGCGACGAGAGUACCAUUAGGGUUGGCACUUCGAUGGUGCAUCUGUCGGCUGGGGCGAGGCUGAGCCGCACCAGUAGUUCGGGCACACAGUGUGCUUGGACAGGCGGGCAAGCGCUAGCCAUCGGUGUGGCGGCAUGCAUGAGUGAACAUUCCAAUAUUGCGAGUCUCUGAUGCCAGUACUUAAAAGCGAGCCGUAUCGUCUGGGUUGGCGAGGGGCAAAUCGAGCUG